AUGAGCGCCCUCCUGGAUGUAUCCGAGGGGGGCUUCGAUACCAGUGUUGUGCCUGAACCGGUGUCUCCUGCACGGUCCCACUGGUCACUUAGGUCACACCGCACAGCCACCUUACUCCCACCAUCUCCCUCCGCGGUGUCCCCAGCUUCGGGGAAGUCACGUGGCUGGAGAACACCCGAAAGCUCCGCGCCAUCUAGCCCAAUGAGGAGCAGGGGGCCCAGCCCCAUCAGCCCUCCGGGGCAGGCCAGUAUCCUUUGCCUCCUGCGCAGCCACUUCCUCGACAACGUCGACGCAGAUGGCUCAGGGCAUUUCACCAAGGAGGAGCUCUUUGAUCAUAUCAAGGAGCUGUUGGAGCGCACAAGUACGCUGGGCAGUGAAGACCUGGAGCUUCUGGGGGAGCAAAGGAAGUGCCGCUUUUCAGAGAUGGACCUGGGGACUGGUGCAGGACAACAGGGCCUGGGCAUGGACGAAUGGGUGCACUUCAUGCUUCUGCGGGAUCGCCUGGCACCAAGUAAGUUGCAGAAGCUCCAGCAGUUGCAGGUCCACAGAGACGGGCUCCUUCGCCUGGAGAAGUGGCCAGCAGCCUUCGAGGCGGUUGGCAUGAGCCAGCCACCUGAUGAAAUCCUCGAGGAUAGAGAAGAGGAUGGCUCCCCCUGGGCGCUGGGCUACUACGAGUUCCUGGCGCAUGCCUUGGGGCUCAAGGCCUCUGUCGUGGAGCUGGUGCUCUACGAUCUGUCUCAAGGUGUUGCGCAGUGGAUUCCCGGAUCUCUGCUUGGGGGCCACAAGCUGGAUGGGGUUUGGCACUCCGGACUUCGUGUCUUCGGGAAGGAAUUCUGGUUCGGCGGCGUGAUCCUCGAAUCGAAGUAUGAGGACGUGCCCUUCGGCGUUCCCAAACAAGUCAUCCGGCUCGGAACGACGCUCCGGACCUACGAGGACAUGGUGGAGUUUCUCAAAGAAGAUAUCUAUGUGGACUAUAACCCUAGAAGCUACGACGUCCUCCGCCGCAAUUGUAACCACUUUGCGAACGAGUUAGCCCAGUUCCUGCUCCACGGGAAGCAACUGCCAGAUGAGGUUGGGCUGUUCUCGAAACAAUAG